CCCCCUCACGAGAGAACCGCUCUCUGCCAUUCUCUCUAUUUCUCUGUUCCUUCGUUGGCCCAAUCAGACUCCCCAUUGGAGUUUCUCCGCAGCUCUGAGAGCAUCUUCUGCGUACCUACACUUCUGAAGCAUCUGAUCGGCGCAGGGGCAUCGCUACUCGAUUUGAAAGGAAUUCUGGGAAUCACACCAAGGAGAUGGUAUUAGGAGGUUUUUUCUUUUUCUCAGCCUUUUGGCUUGGCUCUUGCUGUAGAGUAUUCGUGCGGCCUCUGGUCAAACCCUAUUUUUUUGGGGGUUGGGGGAAGUGAUUGGUACAGUGGUCUGAUUUCAUGGCAAAUACAUUCUCGUCUUCGUGUCGGUGGGGUUAUCUGUUCACAUGAUAACCAUGGUCUCAUUUUAAGUGGAGUUUUAGGCCCCAUGAAUGCCGGACAGAAAGAAGAGCGGUUUCAGUCGGAGAAGAUAAAUUAGCCGGAAGAAACAACGAAGAAAAGGAAGUAUGGUUUUGUGUUUGUUCUCCGUCUUGACCUUGUACGAGUAUAUCAAGGCUUCAUCUGGAUCUCCUGUAAUAACAUGGUAAAGAAGGGGAAAUGCUAAAGUUUGCUUCGAAGUAGGUUCCUUUCUCAAGCUGACUUUGACAUUUCCUUCGUUUGUUGGGAGAUUCAGACGAAGCCUCAUAAACCAAAUUGGGUUUCAUGCUCAGAGGAUUUUAUGACAUUUCGAUCCUUCAGAUGAAGGAAAUAUUGCUUUUUCCUCAAGAAAAGUGAAAAGAAAAGAGAAAAAAAUAAAUAAAUAAAUUUGCUGCGGUUUCUUGAUUUUGUCCGCUUUCAUGGAAUUUCCUAGUUUCUUCCUCCUUUUGUUCCCAUUAGAAAACAAUAAAGGUUGUGGCGGCCCCUUUAGCUAAAACAGAUCUGUAGAUUAGGCAGCUGAGGAGCAAGUGCCAAAUUUUGUGUGCAUUAAUGUUUUCUAACUGCUGUUCUUUUUCCGGUUUGGAUUUCCAUUAAAUGCUGAAUGAUGAAUGAAUAGAGGGAGGGUCCCAGAAGGAUCCGCUGCUAGGUAAAGCAUCCACAAGGGACUGGAACAGAAAAGUAUUUCUUCUUCAUUUGGUUUGUUCAUCCUUUUUCUCCUUCAAUUUAAUUUGUAGGUGUUGUGUCUUAUGUCUGUUACCAGUCACCAGAUGGGUGGGUGGAAGUGAUGAACUGAAUUGCAGGAUUUUCUAAAAUUACCCGCAUGUAGUUAGGCCAGCAUUCAAUGAUCCGAUACUAUAUUUUUAGAAAUUGUGCAAUUGGAAAGGAUGAUUGUAGGAACACCAGUUUACAAACGCAACUGGGUUGCUGUGCCUUUGUAAAGAUUCAAAAACCCAGUUGUGAAGGGGCAAAGGUGCCAUUGCUCUUAGGUGGCUGCUCGCAAACUUAAAAAGAAAAUGAGAGCAACAAAGAUUUGUGAAACACUUCAGCUUCCAAAAUGGGAUUUUCCUCUUCUAACUCUGCAUGUUUCUAUUGACUGAAAAUUCUUCCAUUCAAGCUAUCUUCUUAACCUGCUGCCAUUAAUCUGAUUCCAUCACUGUGUGAACUAAAAGCUCUCAACAAUAAGUCCUAGUUUGAAUUUAAUGUAACACUGAGAUAAAUAUAGCCAGUUAUUAGUUUUCUAACCAUAAUUUUCUCUUAAUUGAAAACAUAGGUUAUUUUUCUUCCUUGGUGAGAUCAAAAGCUAUUGCUAUCUCCUUUCCUUCAAUUCCCAUUAAAUGAUCAAAACCAUAAACAAUGAGGUAGUAGAAGUUAGUAGUGAUUAAUGGUUUGGAAGUAAUUGGAUUUUUUUUUUUCAAUCAUGCAGAAGUUAUGACUUGAAUUUAAGAAAUGAUGUAUCCAAUUUUUUAGAAGAUAUUCUAUUUCCAUGUAAUGCCCCACUUUGUCAAUAAGUGGUUGAAAUUGGUUGGAAGCUUUUUAAUACUUCAGCAUCCUCAGUCUGUCAAAAUAUUGGGUAUUAAGGCACCUUCACCAGUAUGUUAGGCCUUCAAUUCCAUAUCUUGUAAGGCACCUAAUUUAGCCAUACUUAUGACACGGUUGGUCCAGCUUAUAAGGAUAUGGAUAAUGCUGAUUCGAAAGUUUUAAUGGUCCUCUUGGUUUAAAUUGCUGAAAAGAAGAAAAGGAAAAGAAUUUCUAAGGGGAACAGGCCAACAUGUAUUAUAGGCUUCUGAUAGAUGACCUCUCAUCCUUUUUUAUUGUCUAUCUAGUUCUAAUUCAUGAUACCGAUGUUGUGGUCCCUUCAAUUAUUUUUCUUUAUUUAACCACUUGGUAGAUGAGAUGCAUUUUCUUUUAGCCCCUAUGUCUUGGAUCACUAUCGGGUUGGUUUAUUCUGGGUUCCCAAUUUUCAAUCUGGAAUCUUUGGUGAAUCGUUAUCAUGUGUUUUGUGCAUAUUUGAUUAUUUGAAAGGAUCUGAUGCAUAUAAACAUUUUGGUUUUAGCUAGACUUUUGUUGGAAGGUUAACCAUAUUCAAAUAAUGGGUGGUUUUGUUUUAAGUCUCGUAGUUAUAAAACGUACUCAAGUCAAGAAACCUGGUUAUUAAUGCUUCGCUCUUAUCUUUCUUUUUUCCUUGAUUAUUUUUCAGGGUUAAGAAUUGGUUGGCUUGAAGAAAUUGUGAGACAGAUCCAUGGCCAUCGAGCAAUACUUCGCCCAUGACUGGAGAUCUGUAUCUGCUGCAGCAACUGAAGCUGAAAAUCUUAAUGAUAGCUUUGAAUGCAAUAUCUGCUUUGAUUCUGCAAGAGACCCAGUGGUCACUUUGUGUGGCCACCUCUAUUGUUGGCCAUGCGUCUACAAGUGGUUCCAUGUCCAGAGUGCCUCCCUCGCAUCUGAUGAGCACCCACAAUGCCCAGUUUGCAAAGCGGAAAUAUCUCACACUACCCUUGUCCCCCUCUAUGGUCGGGGCCAAACCCCAAGUGAAACUGAGCUAGAGGGCAAGACACACUGCUUUGGCAUGGCCAUACCCCCCAGACCGCCAGCUUGCGGAACCCAAGCGCUGAUAAAUGCUACAUCCCACAAUGGUCAGCAACUUCAAUACCGUAAUCCAUAUCAAAACCAGCAAUAUGAUCCUCAUCCAUACAACGAUUAUGAACAUGACUCUCCAUCAUCAUUGUUCAACAUGGGAGGGAGCACAGCAACAAGUUUCUUCCAUCCGGUGGGCAUGUUUGGGGAAAUGGUUUAUGCCAGGGUGUUUGGCAAUUCAGAGAGCUUAUAUGCAUAUCCAAACUCAUAUCACCUAACAGGAAGCAGUACCCCCAGGUUGAGAAGGCAAGAGAUGCAAGCUGACAAGUCACUGAACAGAAUUUCAAUAUUCCUCUUCUGUUGCUUUCUUCUGUGCCUUGCCCUGUUUUAAUUAUAGUUAGCUGUACGCCCUUGCCCUUUUUGUAUACUUUGUAAAUCGGUUAUGAAUCGUAAGCUUACCAACUGGACUAUGCAUGGAACGCAUGGGGAAGAUGAGAUGACAGAUGAAAAUAUUUUAAACAUCCUCUCUUACAGUUA